GUCCAGCGUCGUGCUCUAAGCUUUGGCACCCACUCGAAUUUCCUUAUUUGACGCCUCUCCUCAGGGUUUACGACCUCUUACGACCCCUGUGCAGUGUGCAUUGUCGAGUUCUUGGAUUAUUUCACCGGCGCUCGUGGAAUCGCCAUCUAAACUGAGGGAGCUAAGCUCCAAGUACCAUGCGGCGGACCAUGUCGACUGAGGGCAGGACGAUGUCAUCGACCGAGCCCUGGCAGUUUCUAGUCGUGCGGACGCAGAACCUCCACUUUUUGCGUCCCGAAAAGACAUGGCGGCCCAUCGUCACCCUCGAGGUCGACGAUACCCGCCGGUCCUCCUACGAGGUCGUUCUCGGCACCGACGGCCAGAACCCCAACCUCAAGCAGCCCAUGUUUCUCGAGGAGGUGCACCAUGGAAGUAGGCUCGAGAUUCGUGUCUGGCACAGAUCCCAGACUAAGGCCAAGCGGCGCAAGGCGCAUCUUGUUGGCUCAGCCAGCGCUCUGCUCGGCGAGGUGGUCAAGCGCCAAGGCGAUGACCGACAUGUCGAGAUCCGCCUCUCCUGCACCUCGGCCCAACGACGCAAGUCGGCUAUCCAGAAACAGCCCUCCGCGGCGUCGCUCCUCGUGCGCAUCGCACCGCCUCGCGCACUCUCGAGCGCGAGCGCGUUAACGUUUUCUGAUGAGGAUUACGACGACGGUGAUGACGGGAGCGUCAUCAGCUCACGAAAAUCACCUGGGUCGACACUUGUCAGUUUACCUGAGGGUGACGCGGAGGAUGCGGGCGACUCGACGCUCAACAAUGAGCCUCCUGCACAAAUCCUCAGACACCGACGCCGGCGGAAGACAUCCAAGCCAAAGCCCUACUGCCUUGACUCCGACGUAGCCGAGCCAUCCGAGAGCGAAUACGAAUUAGAAUCUGCGGAGGAUUCUGAUGACGGGUUUCCGCCAGAUCGUGUCAGCGACGAGGAGACAUUCGAUGACGACACAGCUUCGCUGCGUGUCCGCAUCCGCUCAGAAUCGGUCUCGGAUGUGUCUUUAGGCGUUGAUGAUGGCAGUAUGGGUAGCAAGGAACCGCCGCCAUUCUACGCACCAUCUACGUUGCCGGCCUGGCGCGCGGCGUCAGACGCGGUCUCCGUCGCGUCGACGGUGUCGUUCGCAUCGUCCGUGUUUGAUACUUUCACGUACUAUCGUGAACUCCGCGAGGCGCAGCUUGACUGCGAUUUCGAAAGCAUCCUGCUUAAGCUCAUGGGCGAGUGGUAUUACGUUGGCGCGUCGUUACUUGCGGUCGCAGGGCUUGAUACUGCUGUGUUUGGCUUCUCGCCAGACGCGAUUUUCGGAGUCGACACCUUUGCCAAGCGUGCCGUGACAGUAUCAAGCAUCGCGGCAGGUAUAGGAAUCGGGAUCGACGCGUGGUUCUUGUUCGCGUACAGCGGCGCCGACGUGCGCAAGUUCCAGAUCCUCGCCGUCGACCUGUACUCGUCCUUUUUCUUCUUCUCGCUCACGUCCCGCAUGCCGCUCGUCGCGCUCCUCGUCGCAGCCGUCACGCUCAUGCUCUUCCUGUUCGCAAUCGCAUGGUCCGCGUGGCCGACCGCCGUGCUCGCCAUGUCGUUCAUCUCCGGCACGCUCUUCAGCCUGCAGUUCAUCGUGUACGGGUGCCACCGCGCCGUGCUGGCCGCCGUGUGGUGUGUGCAGGGCAUCGGGCGGGGCGCGCGGUGGACGUGGAGGAGGGCGCUUGGCAGGAGGGGAGAGGACGCUGAGGACGCCGGUGCAGGCGAUCGCGGCCGUAGUGCAGCUGAGGCCGUUGCGGAGCUGCAUACGAGGAGUGUUGUAGGCGCCGGACAGCCGCAGAUCCAGGUGUCGUUCACGCCUGUGAUCCCGCGGGAGCCGGAGCCGUGUCGAUGAUGCCCUCGUCCUUUGGGUACGUCUGGGCGACGCUCGAGGAGCGUGUGCUGGAUCGUCUUGGAGGUGUCGUGUGCUCCUUCAUGCACCAGCUGAAUUUAGAGCUCGUCUUGAACGGCGAGCGAACGAGACCGAGGGACUCUUUGUCUAAUGAUGCGCCACAGGGUGUAUAUUUAAGGUAGAUACAUGGUUGUCCGUUCGCGACAGUAGGUGUGCGCGAGAUCGAGAGUCAUCUGCUCGGCACCGCUACACAGACAUUGUCUAGCAUUGAUGGAUUCCCGAUAAAAUGUGCAUUGUGGCGCCGCCCAGCU